ACAUGGCGCAACUCCCUGCAGAUUGUUUAAACGAAAUCUUUGAAUAUUUGUCUCGUGAUGGCAAAUCAUUGAUUUCAUGUUUAUUAGUAAAUAGAUUAUGGUGUGAAAUAGCUGUUCCAAUAAUUUGGAGAAACCCAUGGAGAUUUGGCAAGUCUUUUGUGCAAUCUAUUCUAUUAUGUCAUAUAGCUUCUCUUCCUGAAGUUUCAAUGGACUUGUUGAAUGAAUGCAGAGUUAAAUUAAACAAAGAACGAUUAGUGGUUCCUCCACUUUUAUUCGAUUACGUUAGAUAUACUAGAAUAUUAACACCUUUCGAAAUAGAAAUGAUCGGUUCAGCAAUGGCUUGGACGAUUGAAAAUAAUGAAAUACAUGCUCAAUAUGUCAAAAUUUUAAUUGAACAAGAGCUUUAUAAAUCAUUUAUUAACAAAUGUCCAAAUAUUAAACAACUUAAUCUACCUGAAAUUCCUAUUUGGUAUUUUCCUGGUGCAAAUACUUGUUUUGAUAAACUUCAAAGACUUGAUUGUUAUUAUGACGUUCCUUCAAGAAGUUAUUUUGAACUUUCUCAAGUUUGUAGAAAUCUUAAAAGAUUAAUUAUUCGAAAAUUUGAUUCUCAAAAUUAUGGUUUAGCUUCUUUAAUUCAAAAUCAACAUGGUUUACAACAUAUUGAACUCACUUCUGAUGAUAUAGAUAUUCAACAUAUUGGUGAUGCUUUAUCAACUCAAGCUGAUUCUUUAUUACAUAUUUAUUUUCAUGGAAAAUUAUUUAAUGAUAGAAAAAUUUUUGAAUCUAUUAAUUUUCCUUAUCUUGAAGUUUUUGAUGUUGACGAUUUUUAUACACCAUUUUCUGUUUAUACAAAUUUAAUUUCAAAAUCUAAUAAUAUUAUUAGAAUUUAUUGGGGUACUUUAACACGUGCAACUCUUAAAGAAUUAAAAGAUUAUAUUCAAAUUAUUUCUCAUUAUACAAAUCUUACUUUUGUUACUUUAUGGUAUAAUGAUUUAAUUUUAGAUAAUCUUGAACAAAUGUUUUUAGCUUGUUCUAAAUUAGAAGGUAUUAGAUUUGUUACAGAUUCUGUUGUUUGGGCUGAAAAAUUAUUUAAUAUUAUACCUAAUAAGGCUCCAAGAUCUUUAAAAAUUUUAAAUUUAGGUGGUGGUGAAUAUUAUGAUAAUGAUUACGUUGAUUGGGAAUUUACUAAUGAAAUAUUAGAUAAUUUUCUUGAUACUUGGAAACGUAUGAAACGAAAACCUUUAUCUAUUAUUAUUAAUCCGGAAUCUGAAAUUUCAUUUAGUUGUAUUAAAAUUAUUGAUAAAUAUAUUGGUGAAGGUGUAUUAAAAACUUAUAAAUAUGUAGAUUUUUUUGAUGAGAUGGAAU